AUGAAUCUUUUAAGAGCCUUUAAUUUAUUAUUAGUCUCUAACUUAGUAGCAUUCAUACACAAUACUAGUUUAUUAUCAAGCUUAUUUAAGGAUUCAUUUAUAUUAAAUAAUUAUGAAUUAGGAUUUAAUAUGAGGAGGAAUCUUGCAGAAAUUAGUUCAAAAAGUUUAGAACCUGGUAUAAGAGAACAUAGAGGAAACUUUUUUACUAGAGGAUUAUUAAAAACUUACCUUUCUUUAGAGGGUUUAUUACAUGAGAAAAUUUUAAGAAAUCCUCAUCAUUUAAAUAAUAUGAAAUAUUCCCUUUCGCUUAUUAAUGAAGCAUUUAGUAGAGAAGGAAUAACAUUAUCAUUUAUUGAAGUGGCAAAUAUAUAUUAUAGAGUAGAUGAAGUUAAUAAAAUGCAACAAUAUCAUUCACCAGAUAGAAAGAGAAUAAAUAUUCAACAUAUUUUAUCUGCUCAGAAAGAACUUUUUGUGGAAUACUCGGAGGUAUAUGAUGAAGUCGUCAAUAUACGUGGGGGAGGUGAAAGCAAAGAGAUAUUCAUUAUUGGAAUUCUAAAUGGAAUGGAAGAGAAAUUAGGACAUAUAAUUGAUCUUAAACUUAGAUCACGUACUGAUCUCCGUUUAAAUGGGAGUGAAUUUAGUAGAUUGAAAUAUGAGAUGAAAGAAUCUAUUAGUAAUGCUGUGAUUGUUGAUAGAAGAGAUCCAUCUAGACAUAAAAAAAGAGAUGAUAAAGGUGUUUCUAUGGUAGAAGAAGCAGCAUUAAGAAAAUUAAAGGAAUACAUUGAUAGUGGAAAAUAUGAUAAAAAAACUAUUUGCAAUGAUCAAAAGAUUGUUAUAAAAGAAAUUUAUAGUUCUUGUUAUCAUAUAUGUCCUGAAACAUCAUUUGAACAAUAUAAACGUAUAUAUGAUAAUUUAUCAAGACAUCUUACUGAUUUAAGUUCUAAAUAG